AUGAACAGUGACACACCGAAAAUCAACCAUAAAUAUUAUCAGUCAGGAGAUGUCAUCAUAGCUGGCAUUAGUUCACAAAGCUUCAUGUUUUCCAAUCCUCUCAAAUUUGAAAGGCAUCCUUCUUCUGAAGUCCUUGAUGAUCUCAUAUUUUUGACUCAGACCUACCAGCACAUCUUGGCUCUUGUCUUUGCGGUGAAAGAAAUCAACGAAGAUCCUCAGGUGUUGUACAACAUCUCCCUAGGUUUCAACAUUUAUGAUGUCUUCUUCACUGGAAGCUUAACUUACCUGGCUUCACUGGAGCUCCUCUCUACUUGGGGCAAGUUCAUCCCAAACUAUAAAUGUGAUGUCCAAAGUACUACAGUGGCUGUGAUUGGAGGACCUGACUCCAAAGCAUGUCUUUUCAUGGCCACCACUCUGAGCAUCUACAAGAUACCACAGGAUGACAAUGGCCUCAGGUUUAUGCAGAAGGAACUUCCCAGGUUUUCUCAAAGUGGUAUCUGCUUUGACUUUAUAGAACCAUUCCCAACUGUGUAUUUCAAAACUGGCAUUCAUGAAAUGAUGGAAUCAUGGGUCAAACUGUAUGUCUUGAUAAGUGAUAGCAUUGCCAGUGUUGUGAUUUUACAUAGUGAAAUUCACACUACAAUCUUUCUGAGAAUGUUUCCCAGAAUUUUGGAAGUUGAAGACAAACAAAUGAAGACGGGUAAAGUCUGGGUGAUGAUGGCACAGAUAGAAUUCACUUCUGUUCCCUUUCAACAAUCUUGGGAUCUAGAUAUCCUUCAUGGUUCCUUAGCCUUUGCAAUCCAGUCAGACGAGGUGGUAGGUUUCCAAAAUUUUCUUCAGAGGAGAAACCCUAAUGUGGAAACCAGAGAUGGCUUUAUUAAGGACUUUUGGAGACAGGCAUUUGAUUGUUCCUUCCCAACAACCUUAGAGGACAAUGUUUGGACUCACUGCAGUGGGGAGGAGAAACUGGAAGCUCUUCCUAGGUCUGUUUUUGACAUGAGCAUAACUCCCCAUAGCUAUAGCAUCUACAAUGCAGUUUAUGCUGUGGCUCAUGCUUUGAAAUCCAUGAGUUCAUCAAUGCUCAAGCACAGAACUAUAUCAGAGGAAGGACUAAAGAAUGUUCUGAAUUCAAUGCUUUGGCAGGUACAGCCUCGUUCUUUGUGUAACAAACCCUGCCGUAAAGGUCACAGCAAGACUAAGAAGGAAGGGAAGCCAUUUUGUUGUUAUGAUUGUUUUCCAUGCCCAGAAGGAAAAGUGUCAAACUGGACAGACAUGGAUUCCUGUUACCAGUGUCCAGAGGAUCACUAUCCCAGCAAAGCCCAGGACCAGUGCAUUCCAAAAGAGAUCAGCUUCCUAUUUUUCCAAGAACCGUUGGGGAUCACCUUGGCCAUUGUUGUGCUUUUAUUUUCCUCCAUCACAGCUCUGAUCCUUGCAGUCUUUGUCCAACACAAGAAUACACCUAUCGUCAAGGCCAACAACCAGGGCCUCAGCUACACCCUUUUAGUCUCCCUUCUGCUUUCCUUUCUCUGCCCUUUGCUUUUCAUUGGUCACCCUCAGAAGGUAACCUGUCUCUUUCGCCAAACUGCUUUUGGCAUCAUUUUCUCUGUGGCGGUUUCUUGUGUGGUGGCCAAAACCCUCAUUGUGGUCCUAGCUUUCAUGGCUACUAGGCCAGAUUCUAAGAUGAGGUCAUGGGUAGGGAACAAGUUGGCCCUCUUUAUGGUGCCUUCCUGCUCUAUUGUUCAAACUACUCUUUGCACUGUGUGGUUGGUGAACUCCGCCCCCUUCCCAGAUCUUGACAUGCACUCUCUACCUACAGAAAUAGUCCUGGAAUGCAAUGAAGGCUCCACUGCCAUGUUUUAUUGUGUCCUGGGCUUCAUUGGCCUCUUGGCCAUGAUCAGCUUUACAGUGGCUUUCCUUGGCAGGAACCUCCCAGACAGUUUCAAUGAAGCCAAAUUUAUCACCCUCAGCAUGCUUCUCUUUUGCAGCGUCUGGAUCUCAUUUGUCCCAGCCUACCAGAGCACCAAAGGGAAAUACAUGGUGGCUGUGGAGAUCUUCUCCAUCUUAGCCUCAAGUGCUGGAUUACUGACCCUCAUUUUCUUCCCCAAAGUUUAUAUCAUCUUGAUAAGACCUGAGCUGAAUAACAGGCAACAACUCAUGCAAAAAACUCUCAUGAAAUGA